AUGCGAGUUAUACAUGCAAUAAAGGGUAUACACUUAUUGGAGAUAAAGUUCGACAGUGUCAAGCCUCCGGGUCGUGGGAAGGAGCUGAACCGUCCUGCCUUGCCGAAGCUCAAUGAUCUUACGACGAAUGAUGAUAUUACAACAGAAGCAAUCACAGUCGCACUAGAAGCCCUGACAAAUGUAACCACUACACAGAGGGCAAAUACUACACCACCUCUCACGGAUGGGGAAAUAAAAGCGCUAACUAGUUCACUGGAGAAUGUUGCGACUCUUCUAAACUCCAACUCCACUAAGUUUGAUUCUGUGAAUAUCUCCGAGCACUUUAUGGAGUCAGCCAGUAAUUUGCUUGAUUCGUCCAACCAAGAAAGCUGGAAGGCAAUGAAGGAAUCAAACAACAAUGGGGCAGAAACGAUGCUGAAAGCUAUUGAUUCCGUUGGAUCUGCUAUAAGAAAAAGUAUUCAAAUCGGUAUUGAAGAUGGUACUGGUGUAACAUCUGCAACCGUUAUCAAGACAAAUGUUGCCUUAGAAGUGAAACAGACUGACGAAGAAAAUAUUGAGUUUCCUGCAAAAUCUCCCACUGAUAGUGCGGCCGAUGCAGACAAAGAUUGGAUUUAUAAGUCCCACAGUAAAUUGACAUUGGACAAACGUGCAUUUGAAGGAAACAAAACCUACAUCACCACAGCUAUAAUGUAUCGGGACAUGUCAAAUAUUCUGCCAACACAAUCAAAUGAAAAUGCAACAGGAAACGGGAGCCAAAAAGCAAUAAAUGGUCCUGUGUUGUCAUUGUCGCUUGACCAACCUUUAGAAAACCUAACUCCUCCAAUCAGAAUAACAUUCGGUCACUUCUUGACUAAUUUGUCAGAGCCAUCAUGUAACUACUGGGAAUUUGGCAAUGACGGGCAAGCUGGAAGAUGGUCAACUUUCGGCUGUUCUGUGAAUUAUUCCUCAGCAAGCCAGACUGUCUGUGAAUGCACACAUCUUACUAACUUUGCUGUGCUGAUGAGCCCGUUUGUGCAGGCUGAUGCGGUUUCAGUUCCUUUGCGCAUAGUUUCCAUCGUUGGAAUUGCUGUAUCCAUGUUUUGUCUUCUGUUAACAUCGUUUUUGUACAUCUGCUUAUGGAGGUACCUGAGAAACGACCGUGCUGUUAUUCUCCUGAACCUCUGUAUUGCACUGUUCUUCUCCUACAUCGUGUUCCUGGCCGGAGUCGAUAGAACAGAAAGCAAGGAGUUUUGCGCAGUUGUGGCAGCCUUAUUGCAUUAUAUCUACUUGGUCGUUUUUUUUAUGCUUGCGGAGGGUAUAGACAUUGCAUACACAGUUCUUUAUGUAUUUGCUACCAGAUCACGGGCGAGAUCAUUAGUUAUUGCAUCAUGGGUUAUACCAGCUGUCAUUGUCGGAAUAUCACUCGGAGCAACUCAGACACAAGGAUAUGGAAAUACUUACUUCUGCUGGUUGUCUCUAUCACGUGGUGUAAUAUGGGCGUUCGUGGCGCCUGCCUUGCUCAUUAUAUCGUUAAACAUUAUAUGUUUGGUCCUUGUUUUCCGCAAAAUGCUGAGAAUGAAAGCAAUGGAAUCUAAGAAAACGACAGAAAAGAUUCAAACCAGCCUUCGAUCGCUCUGUGUACUAGUCCCUCUGAUGGGUGUGUCGUGGAUUCUGGGCAUAUUCUAUAUCAACGAGGAUCUUUACUUCAUGCAAUACCUUUUUGCCAUUUGUAAUGGUCUUCAGGGAUUCUUUAUUUUCCUAUUCCACUGUGCUCUGAAUAAAAAGGGAUUCUUUAUUUUCCUAUUCCACUGUGCUCUGAAUAAAAAGAGAAGUUCGAGUAAGGAGCGGUCUAAAUCAAAAGAUCUUAAAUCAUUUAGUUCAGAGUCUCGAGACAUUGAUGCAUCAAUCGACUGGAGAAACCUGGUUCUCAAUGGAACAUCUGAGACUGACGAAGGUCGAACAUUUUGCUCGUCAGUUGGGGGUGGAGGUUUCGGUCAUAUUCAGCGCCCGACUGUUGCGUUCAACCCUCCUGCUGAAUACCCUCCACACACUCAUGACAGUCGUCAAAGUAUCAAACACAGAGAUUCUGGCAAAAUUGAAAUCGUCAGCGGCGAGGACAAUAAUUAUGACUACAGAAGAUGA